UUAUGCAUUGAUCAGUUUAAUGUUGAUGAGGUGAACCAGGAAGUACCUAAGAUGAGGCAGUACUAUAACAAUGCUGAUGCAACUUUAAUUGCAAUUAAUACUGAAGUUAAAUUUAAUGUAAAUAAAAAAGAGUUUGCUUUAGAACAAACUAUUUUCAUGUUUGACGAUGGAUUAGUGGAUGGAAGAACAAUGGCACAAGUUUGGGCAUUCAUACAACAACGAGAUUUUUCUUUUCCUUGCCAGAUCAAGUUAGGAUUGUCUCAAUGUCUAGAAGCAAUCAAAAGCCGUGGCCGUGAUAAUCCCAUAGAUGGUAUUUAUUCAAUAUUAGGCUUGUUAUCUUAUGGAAAUAAAAUAAUUCCUAAGUAUAAAGAGUGGGGACACCAGUACACCAAAAAGGAAUUGGGAGAAGCUUUGCUAGAUGUGAUGAAAGCAGCGGUAGAGAAAGAUGGUUAUAGCGAAAUUUUGGCUUGGUUUGGUCCUAGAAGAAAUGAAAUUAAUUUGUGGCCAGGAAGUGCUGAAGUAACUGGAAGUGGCAUCAAAUUAAUUGGUUCCCAACAUAUAGUAAAAAAUCGUGAACUUGCAUCAUUAAGACGGCUAGAAGGUUCAAUAGAAAGGGGAAUUGGCGAAGCCUGCUUUUUAUUUAUAGAAAAUCAGGUCAUGCUUAUUAUCCUGGUGCCAAGUGUAAAUAACCCUGAUUGUCCAAUUGACAUUUUUAGAUUAAAAGACUAUCAAUUAUCAGACAAUUCUGAAACAUUAGCACUUAAAAAAAUCGAAGAAAAGGAACUAUUUAUUGAUAUGGUUAACAAAAAAGUAAUUAAAUUAGGAACUGAAAUUGCGAUUAUAGUUAAGGAUAGUUAUAAGGAAGAAGAACACAAACAAUUAAGGAUACUUUUGCGAAUACAAAGCCAAUUAAUAAACCUAUCUGUAAAAAAUGGAAUCCAAAAUAAAGACAACCCCUUAGUCAAGGAAAAUUUAGAAGAAAUUAAAAGAGAAGUAGAUAAAUAUAUAAUGGAUACUGAGGAAAUUUACAAAACUGAAGAAGAAAGGAUUAAAGUAAAAAUGGAGUUGGAGAGGGCGAAAGAAAACAGAAACG